AUGGAUUUCUCCCUCUGGACGAAUCCAUUUGCGGACCUCCGGGAAAAGACAUACAAGCCGCCCCCUCCUCCAAUGAUCCCAAUACCAGACCCGUUUCCGCUGCUCUCCCAGAAUCCGCCGCCCGAAAAGAGUCUUCUCCGAGCCCCAAGGACAUCACGCCCUCCCCCGCGACGUUGGAGGUUUGAAAUGGCUGCCGGCGGCCCACCACCGCUGUUUGUGGGCUUCACGCGUAACUGGCCACAGCUUCUGCAGUGCGUGGUGAGCUAUAUCGCCGCCGGGUGGCCGGCCGAGGACAUUUACGUGGUCGAGAACACGGGCGUCAUGUUCGCAAACCGGGAGGGCAAGCUGACGCUCCAAAACCCUUUCUACCUGAACCACACUCAACUGGCCAUGUUGGGUGUAAGAGUCAUUAUUACUCCGACCCUCCUCACCUUUUCGCAACUCCAAAACUUCUACCUUUGGACCGCCCUGGAGCGAUCCCACCCCUACUUCUUCUGGACGCACCAAGACCUCCUCGUCUUCUCCCACGAGAACUCCACCUCCGCCCCGUACAACUCGCUCUACACCAACGCCAUCCGCACCCUCCGCGACCUCACCACCACCACACCCUCCUCCUUCUCACAUUCCCCCAAAAAAAUCGAGCCUCCUCCCCAAAAAGAGGAGCAGAAACAGAAAUGGGCCCACCACUUCUUCGCCUACGACCACCUGACCCUCGUCAACCGUGACGCCGUCCUCUCCGUCGGCGGCUGGGACACCCAGAUCCCCUACUACGCCUCCGACUGCGACACGUACCUGCGCCUGAUGUGGGCGGGCUUCUCGCAGCGCGAAAGCACCAUCGGCCUAAUCCUCGACGUGGGCAGCGUCCUGGCCGACGUCGGGGCGCUGUUGCGGAUCAAGGGAAUUAAAGCAAGCCUGUUGUUACCUACGCCUGGGAUCCGACCGGAGGACGAGGAGGGGCAGGAUGAGAAGAAGGAUGAGGAUGCUAAGGGCGAGGAAGAGAAAAUCGACGAGAAUUAUGUGGAGAGCUGGGAGACGUUGGUGCAGUUGGGUAUGAAGAUGGAGGAGGACAAGUAUGUGGGUGGGAACGCGGGAAGGAAUAUGUGGCAGGCGAUGCAGCGCGGCGGUCGGGGGGAGCCGUUUUAUCGGGAUGCCGACGGGUUUGAAAAGGGGGUCAAGAUGUGGAUUGACGCGGGUAGGGCUGUGUUUGCUGAGAAAUGGGGGCAUCGUGGGUGUGGGCUGAUUAGCAUGGGCAUCAAGGGAGAGGAUGCCUGGCGGUUGGAGAGGGAUUGGGACGAGGAGACGGAGGGGUUUGGAUGGGAAGGGAAUGGAUGGUGA